UCCGGUGGCGGGGCCCGACGACUCCCAGACUCCGCCAAUCAAUCCUCCGCAGAUGGCCGCCGAGACGACUGCCCCGCCGCCACCGUCGUCUCUUCCUCCUCCGGCAGCCGCGGAGGCCGCCGCGCCUCGUCAUCCGAGACUGUCGGGGUUCGAGCAGCUGGACGCGCGCGUCAAGGAGCUGACCUCGUCGCAGGCGGAGUUGCUGGAGAGGAUCCAGAAGCUGAAACAGGAGGUGCACAACUGGCGCUCCAACGUAGAGACUCAGGUCAAGACAUGCCAGAAUGAACUCCAAGGUCUGAAGAAGGGACUCGACUCUGAAGUGGAGCAGCUGAAAUCGGAAAUGGAGGAGAUUAGGUCUGCAAUCCAGGAAGAGAAGGGCAAUCUACCUGCGCAAAUCAAAAAUUCAGAGACGGGCAAUAACGACACAGAACAAGCCCUGCAGACUCAAGACCAAGCAUUGAAGGUUGACACUGAUGCUAGUAUGGAAGAACAAACAGCAACAGAAUCGUGAAUUAGCGCUUCCUUCCAGAGAUGAAAGUUUGUGUUACUGGAUAUUCACCUCCUUUUGACGGAUCAACCCAAAAGGGAAAAAAAUGGCAAAUACUCCCUCCGUUCCAAAAUGUAGGUCGUUUUGGCUUUUUUAGAUUCAUAGUAUUUGUUAUGCACCUAGAUAUAACCUAUGUCUAGGUACAUAGCAAAAUAUAUGAAUCUAGAAAAGUCAAAACGACCUACAUUUUGGAACGGAGGGAGUACACUACAUCACACGGAGUAUUCGUAUUAUCUCUGAAUCCAUAUCAUCAGCUGCAAAUAUCUCUAUACCUGUACUGGGAAAUUCAACGUUUCAUAGUUGUAAAGAGCUCCAUUGCAUGUACAAGAAUUGCUUCUUUUGUAACAAUUCCAUGCCUUCAAGUUCAAUUU